AUGUGUUGGCCUGGGGUCUGUCUCCUGACCCUCCUCCUGGUGACUGGGGCGAGGGAGGGCAGGGCCAGUGUCUCGGACAGCUUCAGAGACUGCAGCCAGUUCUUCUAUAUGCGGACCCCGCCGGCUGGCGUCCGGGGAAGAGGGCUGAGGAAGAUCUGCCAGCGCUACGCAGCCGAGCCACGCUACGCCACCCUGUACGACGCCAGCCGCCGCCUCCCUCUCUACUCCGCCUACACCUUCAAGAAGUCGGACGGGAAGAAGAGGAUGGACACGCCCUGGAUGUACGAACCUCAGCUAGCGUCCCACAGCGAGGCAGGGGAGAUGAGGGUGCUGCCCCCCAUCGACGACCCCGCCCCCCUGAUAGAGGAGAGCCAGGCCGUUCUGGCCGACUACACGGAUGCCGUGGAGUACGAGAGGGGCCCGCUGAACCCCGACCAGCACCAGUCCGACCCGGAGGACAAGUCCUCCACCUACACCCUCACCAACACCGUACCCCAGGUCAGUGACUUCCUGGACGCUUCCUGGAGCCCAUACAUGGACGUGGUACGUCGCCGUCUCAACAACUUCUGCCGGGGCACGGCUUUCGUGGUCACCGGGGCGACCGUAUCCGGGGCGACCAUCCGCCGGGGGAGCGAGGAUCGGCUGGCCAUCCCCAAGCACCUGUGGCUGGCCUACUGCUGCCCGAGGUUCGACCGCAACUCUCCGUACGAGGUGCGCUUCAUGUUCCCUAGCUACGGGGGCUACGCCCUCAACCAGAAGGAGGGGCACAAGGUGGUGGAGGUGCCUCUGAAGACUCUGGAGAGCUUCCUGAAGACCCAGGCCGACAUGGACAGUGACCUGACCAUCUUCUAUAGAGACUGUGUGUCAGAAAACCCCUUGAAGAAAAAGAGAAGAUCGACUUGA